AUGAUCAACUCGCCGACGAACAACGCCCUCGUCUACCUCGUCCACAACGCGUCGGCACAUCUCUUUGACCUCAAGGACUCUGCGAUGGACUCGGUUGUAUUUGCAGCGACCCAGACGUCCGUCCGAGUCGUAUCGUCGUCCAACGUGGACGGGAUCGUGACUGUGACGUUUCAGCGCCGGUUGGAGGCCGUCGGGCCGACAGACGUGGCUAUCUCGACCACGGGCCCGACGAUUCUCAACUGGGCGAUCGGGUUCACCACGUUCCCCGACUACCACGACGUCCAAGGGUCAGCGUCCAUUUCAUUUGGCACGCCGCUGUCGCCCCCGCCGUGCACGAAGGAAGUGUUGAAUGGGUCUCCUAUGGACCUUGGCCCCAUUUCCCUCAAGUCGGCGGUCCUCGGCCCCUUUGCGUGCUUCCAAGUGACCGUCCAGUACCCAAACGCGACGUGGUUUGCACUCGCGAUCGCGCCCACUACCAACAUGAUCAACACCCCCGCCAACAACGCGAUCGUGUUUCACACGACCAACGGCACCGCCGCCCUCUACGACCUCCUCGACUCGGCCCCCGAUAGCGUCCUCUACCAACCAAACCAGUCGUCCCUGCGUGUGAUCGAGGCAUCUGUGGUGAGCGGCACCGUCUUGGUCGUGUUCCAGCGACCACUGGCGGCCACCGUGCCCACAGACGUUGCCAUUUCGACGACAGAAGCGAAUAUUGUGAACUGGGCCGUCGGGACCACCACGUGGCCCGAUUACCAUGACAUUCAAGGGUCCGCCACCAUCCGCUUCUCAUCCAUCUCCGCAGUGACGACGCCUGCAUCCCCUGCGGCGCCGGCCCUCGUGCCUACGUACACUUUUUGGAUCGCGGCCGCCACCUUCAUUCUCAUUGCUAGCCUCGGUGUCGUCGUGACGCAUUCCGUCGGGAGCUCGUUCCGGUGGGCGAAGCAUCAACGGCUGACUGCGCCUCCGUCUGGCGCGGCUUCGAUCUGGUCGGCGUUCGUCCGCACGUUGGCCGACAUCACGUUCGGCGAACUUGUCGUCGUGAUCAUCUACUUGCUGGCGUUUGUUGUCGUCGGCAUCUCGGUUCGGAUUCAAUUCCCGACAGUCGCGGCGGCGCGAGCCGUCGCAUUGAUAUCCGGCCACACGAGCUUGCUGUCGUUGACGUUCAUGUUGCUGCCCGUGGCUCGUGGCGCCCACUGGGAAUGGCUCUUUGGCGCGUCCCACGAUCGCUUGAUCAAGCUGCAUCGGUGGCUUGGUCGGCUGUUCGUCCUGACUGCGACGCUGCAUCUCGCGAUGAAUGUGCCGCUCAUCACGUUUGCCCACUCGUUUGGGACGCAAGCAGUCGUGCCGUUGUUUGGGUUUGUCGCGUACGUGUCGUUUGCGUCGAUGGCGCUGCUGUCGUACGAAUCGAUUCGUCGCCACUACUUUGAAGUAUUUUACUACUACCACCGCAUCAUGUCCAUCGUGGGCCUCGUGUUUGUCGUGCUGCACACGGAAGCGGUUCGAACAGCCAUGAUGCUGCCGCUUGCGUUGUACGCUGCCACGUUUGUGUGGCGCCUCCGGGGCUACUUGAACAAGUACAGCGCGCGGAUUCAGUCGUCGCACGUGCCCAACACAGUCAUCUUGGUGCUGCCCGUGACGCCUCAGACCAAGCGGUGGGCGGCGACGAUGAACCCGUGCUCGUUCUUUUGGGUCAACAUUCCGUCCGUGUCGGUCCUUCAGUGGCAUCCGUUCUCAGCGGUGGUCACGCCCGACGGCGAGUCGAUUGCGUUUUGCAUGAAAUCGCUUGCGGCGGGUUCGUUUGCUGACCAGGUCGUCGCCCAAGCCAAGGCGAACCUGGUCUCGAUGGCAGUGUUUGUGGGCGGGCCGUACGGAAAGCCGUCCGUGGACUUUACCAAGUACGACGAAGUCAUUUUGAUCGCGGGUGGAAUCGGCGUCACGCCGUUUGUGAGUUUGGUCAACCAGCUGCCCCACACUCUUCCGGCACAUGCCAACACGCACAUCCAGUUUCAUUGGAUUGUCCGGUCGGCGGAAGAACUCCUCGCGGCCGAGACCCUCAUGUUUGCAGCCCCGGUCCCGACCUUCGUCACCGCUCGCUACUACGUCGACGGUAGCCACGCGGACGGGUCCAUCGUGGCCACCGCUGGACAGUCCCUUCAGUACUCUGGCGGGCGCCCCAACCUGGACGAGAUCGUCCAUGCCGACUUGUACGAGGGCAAGACCGUGUGUGUGCUCGUGUGCGGUCCUCCCGGCCUCACGCACAGCGUUCAGUUGCGCGCGUACAACGCCAGGUUUGACUUUCACAAAGAAGUGUUCGAGUAUUGA